CGAGACGUACGCUAGCCGUGGUUGAACGCACUGCCGUCGCCGCCACCGCCGCCGCCGCCAGGCGAACGCAUAUCACAUAUCCUUACGAAUCCUUAUUCGCACGCGACGACAUCAUCAUAUCCGAGUAUCAUAUCUUAAUAAAUACGUGCAAAUAAAAUCAAAGGAUAUCAUCAAGGAUAAAUGUGAAUUAAAUUAAAUCAAAUGUAAUUUAAAUAAUAUUCAAGGUAAAUAUAAUAUUAAAUAUUCUUGGUGAAAAUAAAGGACGAAAAUAAAUAAAAGUAAAAAACACAAAAAUUUUAAUUGAAAUUUGAUAUCUUUAGACAUAGGAAGGAUAUAUUAUAAAAAGUGCCGCGGGAACGUAAAAAUACAGCACGGAACAAGGACGAAGGACAAAAAUUUCCAUUUAUUUAACAUUUAAAUAAUUUAAAUUCCUAAUUGCGUUCCUCAUAUUUUCUGUUUGCACAGCUGCGUGAGAUGUGCAGCGCUCCUUGAGAAAAACGAUCAAACAGGACGAACAAGGACUUCGUUCAUAAAUAAACAACAAAUACAAUUUGCAUAUUCAUUUAUUAAUUGUUAAUAACACUUGAAAAAUACUCAACGAGACAAAUGUUCUGUGUAUUUCUUCAUUGAGGAAGGAAAUAUUUUAAGGACGAAAGGAUAAUCAAUGAAAGUGAUGAAUAGAUUUUUACAUGUGUUGAAUAAAUUAAUAAAACUUCGAUUACAAAUAACUAACUGUUAAUAUUAGUGAACUGUGUGUUAUCUAUAAGAGAAUUAUCCUUUGCAAGGAUUCUGUGAAUUGUGCUGUUGAAAAUUAAAGAAGAUAAAAAUUACAGUGUUGAUUAGAGGAAGAGGAAGAGGAAUGCAAGCGCGAGUUUGUGUGCUGUGCCAGUGAGAAAAUUUGUUUCCUGAAUAUCCUUAAGGAGUUUACUGUUUGACAUCCGGGAAAACUCACGCUGCACGUCAUGAUAACGUUAAGAGUGUUCUGUUUUGCUGCGAUCUGCGCGUUGGCUUCGUGUCGGAUUGAUACCGCAGCUGAAAAAGAAGUGGUAAUUGCGCAGGAUGUGCAAGCUGUGGAAGGGAAAAUCAUCAAUCUUCCUUGUGACGUUGUUCCACCGGGACAUGACAAAGUCUACAUGGUCUUUUGGUUCCAACAUGGCUCCGGUAUACCAAUAUACAGUUUCGACGUGCGUGGUAAACCGUUGUCACAGGCACGCCAUUGGUCCGCACCGGAAGUAUUCGGUUCGAGAGCAUACUUCCGGACGGUGUCCGAACCAGCGCAGCUCGUCAUCGAUGACAUCCGCCGGCACGAUGAAGGGGUUUAUCGAUGCAGAGUUGAUUUUCGCAAUGCGCAGACGCGCAGCUUUCGCUACAAUUUGACAGUGAUAGUACCACCUGAACAACCAACAAUUUUGGAUAAAUGGGGGCGACAAUUAAACGGCAGUGUAGGUCCCCAUGAAGAAGGCGACGAUAUCACGCUAACGUGCCGCACGGUGGGCGGCCAUCCAGAACCAGUGGUGCGUUGGCUGGUCAACGGCCUCCCUGUUGAUGACCAGUACGAACACAACGCCGGCGACGUCAUUGAGAAUCGAUUAUUGUGGCCGAAUGUCGGCCGCAAGGACCUGGACGCCAUCUUCACCUGCCAAGCGGUGAACACCAUCCUCACCGAGCCAAAAGAAGCUUUCGUCAUGCUCGAUAUUCAUUUAAAACCAUUAACAGCAACCAUUUUGAAAACCCAAACACCACUGGUGGCAGAUCGUCGCUACGAAGUGACUUGUGAAUCAGCCGGAAGCCGCCCCCCUGCAAUCAUAACCUGGUACAAAGGAAAACGUCAACUUCGACGCACGAAAGAAGAGACGCGCGAGAACGCCACGAUCAGCGAGUUGAGCUUCGUGCCGACGACGGAGGACGACGGCAAAUCCAUAACGUGCCGCGCGGAAAAUCCCAACGUCACCGGCCUCUUCCUGGAAACGUCCUGGAAGAUCAACGUUGUCUAUCCGCCCAUCGUCUCACUGCGGCUGGGCAGCACCCUCAACCCGGAUGACAUCAAGGAGGGCGACGACGUCUACUUUGAAUGUCACAUCAAGGCAAACCCCCAUUGGCAUCGACUCACCUGGUUGCAUGAUGGCUUGGUACUAAAUCACAACAUGUCUGCCAGGAUAAUACGCAGCAAUCAGAGUCUCGUCCUGCAAAAGGUGACGCGUCAGAGCGCCGGAAAAUACGUCUGCUCGGCGGUGAACUCCGAAGGCGAGACGCUCAGUAACGAGCUUUCUUUUCGCGUUCAGUAUUCGCCAACUUGUCGAUAUGAUAGGAUUGUAGUUGUGGGUGCAUCGCGAGGUGAAAGCAUCGACAUCGUGUGCGAAAUCGAAUCCGACCCGCCAGCGAAAAGCUACCGAUGGAAGUUCAACAACUCGGGCGAAACUCUGGACGUCGCCGCUGAGCGUUUUGCGAAGACAUCGAACGGAACGACGAGUGUCCUGCGGUACACUCCUGUCUCUGAGCUGGAUUACGGUUCGCUCUCCUGCUGGGCCAUCAACUCAGUUGGACAUCAGUUGAAUCCAUGUGUUUUCCAAGUGGUUGCAGCUGGUAAACCAUUUCCGGUAAAAAAUUGCACCCUUUCGAAUCAGACGAGCAGCUCAGUGGACGUCUACUGCCUGUCGGGCUUUGACGGCGGCCUGCCGCAGCAUUUCCUCCUGGAGUUAUACUCGGCCAGUUCGGCUGUUCCACGGUAUAAUAUUACUUCGUUCGCCGAGCCGUUCUUCUUCCUGGAUAAUCUCGAACCGGACGUGACGUUCCGCAUCGUCGUCUUUGCCGUCAACGCCAAGGGGCGGAGCAAUGGCGUGGUGUUAGAAGAAGUCACUUUUCGUGAUGCUGAAAAGCGAACAGCUUCGGAUGGAGAGUUGCCUAUCUCACCGCUGCUGGGCAUUGUCAUAGGUGGCGCUUUCACAAUAAUCGCCAUUGUAUUCUUUGUCAUUGUGCGGGUACGACGUGCGCAGACCAACGGACCGGAAGCGGAACAAAAGUUCUUGGAGGCGGGGCUAACUUAGGCCAAAAUCUAUCAUCAACAAAACCGUUGCUUAGGAGUGCUUCUCCAAGAGAUUGCGCAGGUGACGAAAGAGAUCCAGAUGUCAUACCAGCAAAAUAUGGCUCACCAGAUGGCGAAAGCCGACAGUUAGUAGCGCCAUCUCACGGCGGGCGGCUUCCAACUUCACCAGGUUUUAAUCAAACAAGCGUGGCGCAACACUGGGUUAGUCCAGCGUCUGGUGAACCUGCUGUUGAUAAUAAUC